CGCACAUCCCUUUCCAUUCAUUUUCUUUGAAGCUAAGGCUAUCGAUUUUCAUUCGCAGGAAUUUCUCCCGCGUUUCUUCGUAGGGUUCAUCAGCUUCUCUUCCUUUAUUUCUUAAUCCAAAUUACAAUUUGCAUGUUUAUUUAAAUUUUUUUUGGAGAAAUUAAAAAUAAAUUUUAAUUGGUAAGAUCAGAUCAAAACACCAUUUGGGGGUUUUAGUUGGAUGACAAGCGCUUCGGAGUUAUUCUACACACGAAGGUCAAGAGUGGGUCGACCCGAUCCGGAUUCAGGGAUUGGGUCCUCAAUUGAACGGAAUUACCAUCGCCGGAAUCAUCUCAGUCAUCACAAUCAGAGGCAUGAUUUGGACGGCGGUGAUUCCCUCCGCCGGUCUCCCCACGUGCGCCACUUCAGCUCCCGUGCUUCCUCGCUCUCUGAGCGUUCAUCAGUGCGGUUUGAUGAAGGUACCAGCGAGCUUGUAUCGAGCAAUGGGUUAAAUGCAGUCGGUGUAAGCAAUGCAAGAAGGCAAAGUUUGAGAUCAAGUGAGAGGCUUGCUAGAGAAGGGUUUGAUGAAGGUACUGGUGAGCUCAGUUCGAGCUAUGGAUUAAAUGCAGAUGGUGUAAGCAGUUCAAGCAGGCAAAGUUUGAGAGCAAAUGAGAGGCUUCCUGGAGCUGUGCUGCUUGCAAGAGCAAGGCUUGUUGAAAGACUAAGAGGCGUGUCUGUUUCUGCAAACAGGCGAAGCAAUAGAGCUCCACCUAAUGCUUCCCACCGGGAGCAUGUAACACGCGAUGAUUUUAGGAUCAUAAGUGAACUCUCUACAGGGUUGGCUGCUAGGGGUUCCCCAUUAACCUCUGAAGCAGAAAGAUUCGAAUUGUUACGAGAAACAAACAAGAAGCCUCCUGGACUUACUCAGGAGGCUCUGGACCGUUUGCCGCUGGAAAUUUUCCGCAGCCAAGACAUCAAUGUUGAAAGGAAGACAUCAAGGGAAUCAAGAGAUUGCAGUAUAUGCCUUGAAAGCUUCGGAGAAGGAGAUGUGCUUACUCAGCUGCCGUGUGGGCACAGGUUUCACUUUGCUUGCUUAGAUCCUUGGCUCAGAACGUGUGGGGACUGUCCUUACUGUAGAAGUAUACUAUAAAACAGGCCCCAACUCACACGAUAGAACAUAUACAUGGUCUAAUUAUGAUUUUCAUCCCCUACUUUAUGAAAAUUGAGAAGUUGGUCCCUCUACUUUAAUUUGUCAAAAUUUAGUCAUUGUAGCAUAUGAAAAUUGGAAAGUUAGUCCAGGUGUUAUUCAAAACAUGAACUUGAACAAAUGAGUUUUGUUAAUUUGUUGCAUAUAAGUUGUUAAAUUGCUGGUUUCCAAACAAACAAUUCAAUAAUAAGGUUUAACAAUAUUACUUAAUUAGAUUAACUUUUCGGUUGUUAUAACUUACGUGGGACAAAUUAUAACAAAUUAAAGUAGAGGGAUUAAUUUUUUAAUUUUUGUAAAUGAUGAUGCUCUUAAUUAGAGAUAUGUAAGUCUUGGAAUUUUGACGGAUGCAAAAACAAAGAAAAAGGUUUAUGAAUAUGGAUUAAUAUAUUUUUAGGUACUUGCGUUUGAUUUUAAUGUCAAAUUUUGUAUUUGAGUGUUGAUAUAUGAGUUUAAUUUGAUAUAUUGUCAGUUGCUAUCCAUGCCUUAGUGUCAGGUUCAGAGGAAGUAAUAUAUUCUUGAAUGGCGGCCCCUAUAAAAACAUGUUAUUCAUACUGCUACACUUUUCACAUUUAUUGUAUGGGUGGAGAUCAUAAAGAGAAAUUGAUCAUGGCUGUAAAUACUAAAUAAGAAUUCAAACUUUAGUCCUCCAUUUUCUUUGGUAGAGGGCGUAUUAGAGAUAA